AUGGCUGCUUUUGGGGCUCAUGUGUCACUAUUGAACUCCUUUUUGACGGACAUUGUCGAUAGUAUCAGAACCAAGAACGGUCAACGCAUUACCGACCUCAUUCAGCUUGACUUUGACAGCCUGAGUCCGGAGCGACAGAAGCCAUAUUCGGACCUAAACCAAGAGCUCAAUCGAGUCCACCCGCCAGAAAGAGACGGAGAACUCGUGGCAAGAUGUAAACAGACUGUGUCGCAGGACGAAUUUGGCUCAUUCAGCACUUCGUUCUCGGAAUGCAUUAUCCAGUAUUUUCGCUAUCUUCGGGACUUUACGUCGGUAGACAAUCAGGCCAAAGCAACCAAGAUCCGGCAAUUGACAAGUCAGUGUGUGACCGCCUUGGGAGAUACCAAAUAUGGGGUUAUCAUGAUACCGAUUGUGCUCUCCUUUUCCCGCACCCUUGCAGCCAUUGCCACUAAUCUGGAUCGAAACCCUUCUCUGAUUCGGGGUUCCAGCCUCGCCAUGACGCAAGACGCCGAAGGUGCUCCGGGAAAGGUGAGCUUCGUGGAAGAUGCGGCCAAUGUGCUACGAGAGGCUUUCAUCAAAUGUCUUGCUGGAAGCCCUGGAGUUCCACGCACAACUCGCCCUUCUCCAGAAGAUAAACGCGUUGGUAUCUACCUGACGGCAAACUCAUGUCUUAAGCUGCUGCUACAGUGUCGUCGGCUCCGCAACGCUCAGCAGAUGCUCUCGAGCAUCGAUGUUCAGUCGCCACCACUAUCCUACUAUCCGGCUGCCCAGCGGGUUACGUUCUUGUACUACCUCGGCCGGUUCCAUUUCGCGAACAACCAUUUUGGACGGGCACAGAAGGUACUCCAAACGGCAUACGAACAGUGCCAUCGCCAAGCUAUCAAGCAUCGAAGAUUGAUCUUGAUCUACCUGAUAGCAGCGAAUCUUUGCCUCGGCCGUUUCCCUUCCUCCACCCUCCUCUCACGUCCAGAGGGCCGUGACAUCGGACACAGAUUCAUUCCCCUCUGCAAGAUCAUCCAAACUGGAGACCUCGGAAUGUUCCACCAGUAUAUGGACUUGGACACCGAGUCCGGCCAGUGGUUCCUCCGACUGUCCAUCCUCUUCCAGCUCCGUAAUCGAUGUGAGAUCCUGGUUUGGAGGAGUCUUAUUCGCAAGACUUUCCUGCUCGCUGGCUACAUGGGCGAAGAGAAAAAAAUACCAUUCCUCAGGUUGAGCUAUGUCCGUCACGCAGCGAAUUGGGCUUUAGGAAAGCAGAGGACUAGGUCGAUAGCCAAUGGAUUCGGCUCACACGUGGCCUUGACGGAGGAGAAAUACGUUGACCCUGAGUUCGCAGACAUGGAUGCAGCGAUCAACGAGACCGGUUUUGAUCUAGAAACAGGGUUAUACAUUGACGAGUACAUCGGUCAGUAUGUACCAGAUAACAGCGGAGGAGAAGAUUCGCCCGCCAUGAAUGAAGUGGAAUCUGUGGUCCUGAGUCUAAUCCAGCAAGGUCUGCUGAGAGGCUUUGCUCUGCACACCAAUCCCCGUUUCGCCAUCCCAGGAAGUCAAAAAGCCGGGGGGCCCAUGAAAGCUGGAUUCCCAGCAGUUUGGAGUGUGACUUCGGACAAAGACGAGGGAGGACCAGUGCCCGGCUGGGUGGAAGAAGGUAACCUAGCGGCCACAGGAGGAGGUAGAGUGGUGAGAAUCACUGGAGCUAGACCAGCAGGCGCAUGA